CUACCGUACCGUAAAGGUGUCAAUGAUCUCAGUCUGAACUAAAAUUACAUUUAAUGUCAGAAAAAGGAAAUUUAAAAUUAUAAAAACUUGUGUUUAAAUCGAUCUUAAGUUUCUACGCAUAGUGAUCUAACUUUUAUAUUGAUUAAAUGUGUAAUAGUGAAGAACUAUGAAUUAAUUUUUUCUAUAUAGACAAACUGUGGAUAAUAGUACAAAUAUAAACGAAUAUUAUGCGUUUAGUCUGCUGGUACAAACGAAGAUGGGUACUAUUUCUAAUAUAUUUCUUCUUAGGCACAACUGUAUUAUAUUCCUUGUCGCACGUAUUAGAAACUAAUUUGGAAACGAUACAAUGUUAUAGGAUAAAAACAGAAGAAACACUUCCAGAUAUAUCGGAAGUGGAACCUAGAAAAGGACAAUCAAUAUUUUUUCACGAAACUUCCUGCCGCUCUUACCAAAAAGGAAAAAUAGUUAUUGAAUCUAGACAAGCAUGUGCCGUGGAAAGUACCGCUAGAUUAAAUCCGAAUUUUGAUAUUUAUUUACUUUAUUCUUCGCCUGGAAUUAUUAAAUAUGACGGUGACGAGUCUGACAGACUUUUGCACACACUCAUGAGCUACAAAAAUGUUUAUAUCAUGCAUUUGGACUUUAAAAACUAUACCAAAGGUACACCCGUCGAAUCCUUAUAUAGUUCAGGACAAAUUGAAAACUCCCUUCAUGUUGUUUCACAUGCCAGUGAUGUACUACGAUAUUUGACGCUUUGGAAAUAUGGCGGUAUUUACAUGGACCUCGAUGUAGUGCUUCUUAAAUCAAUAGAGGAUCUGAAAUCCAACUUUGCUGCAAUAGAAUCAAAUAAUGUUGUCGCUUCCGGUGUAUUGAGUUUUGAGCCAACAGGAAAUGGACACAAGAUGGUAGAAGAUUGCUUAAAUGACCUCAAAGUCCGUUUCGAUGGUAAACUUUGGGCUAAUAAUGGACCAGGUGUUAUAACAAGAUUACUUAAGUCAAUGUGUACGUCAAUCAACACAACCGAAGAGAUCAUGAACGUCGAUUGUGGAGGAUUCACACUCUUACCUCCCAGUAGCUUUUAUCCAGUACCGUGGCAAAAGUGGUGGAUGUACUUCGAUGAAAAAUUCUUAGAAACUGUUGCCAAUUUUACGCAAGAUAGUUUCGCUAUUCAUACGUGGAACAAAUUAAGCCAUGAAAGACAUAUACCUCUUGAUUCAAAUGUACCUUAUUUAAAUAUAGCUAGAAAAAAUUGUCCUAAUGUCAUUGAAGCUUGUGAUAAAGUAUUUUAGAAAAAAUUGUUAUACUUUUUAUAUUAUGUUUAUUUUUAAUAAAUGUUUUUUAUAA